GAUGGUACGUCGGCAUCUGGUACAACAACAUCGCCGUGCGGACGCCGGUCUGGGUGGCCAACCGCGACAGGCCCGUCUCCGACCCGGCGGCCUCGCGGCUCGCCAUCGCGCCCGACGGCAACCUCGCCCUGCUCGACCCGUCGGGCUCGCCCGUCUGGUCCACAAACGCCACCGGUAACGCCAGUAAUGCCACGGUCGCCGCCGUCCUCCUCGAUACGGGCAACCUCGUGCUCGCGCCGGCGUCGAACGCCUCGGACGUGCUGUGGCAGAGCUUCGACCACAUCGGCGACACGUGGCUGCCCGGCGGGAAGCUGAGGCGGGACAAGGCCACCGGCGCCAUCCAGGGCAUGACCUCGUGGAGGGCGCGCGGGGACCCCGCCCCCGGGAUGUACACGCUCCAGCUCGACCCGGCCGGCGCGCCGCAGUACGUGCUGCUGUGGAACGGCACGCGGAAGUACUGGCUCACCGGCGACUGGAACGGCCGCUUCUUCACCGGCGCGCCGGAGGUGGCAGCGUCGGGCGGCGACUCCGGGUACAGCUUCCGGUUCGUGGACAACGACAGGGAGAGCUACUUCACCUACAGCUUCGCCGACAACUCCACCGUGUACCGCUUCGUCACGGACGUGUCCGGGCAGGUCAAGGGGUGGUUCUGGGUCGAGGCCUUCCAGCGGUGGAACCUGGUGUACGCCGAGCCCAAGGCGCGGUGCGCGGUGCCGCGCGGCUGCGGCGCCUUCGGCGUCUGCAGCGACGCCGCCGCCGCGUGCGCCUGCGCCAGGGGGUUCACGCCGCGGGACGCCGUGAGCUGGAGCCUCGGCGACACCACCGGCGGCUGCGUGCGGAACACCGAGCUGCAGUGCGGCAACAACGGCAGCGCCGCCGCUGCUGCUGCGGGAUCCGGGACAAAGGUGGAUAGGUUCUUUCGCAUGGACGGCAUGAGGCUCCCCGAAGACGGUCGCGUCACCGGGGCGGCGAGCUCCGACGAGUGCGAGAGCGCGUGCGUCGGCAACUGCGCGUGCUCUGCCUACGCGUACAAUGGGAGCUGCGUCCUGUGGAACGGUGAGCUGCAAAACCUCGAGGAGGGUUACGGCAACCAGCUGGCCGGCGCGGGGAGCCUCUACCUCAGGCUGGCCGCGUCAGAGUUCCCCAUGGCGAGGAGCCACAAGCGAAGGACCGUAGAGAUCGCCGUCGGCGCAACCGCCAUUGUCUGCUUCGUGCUCGCCGCGUCCAUCAUCGUCGUCCGUACAGCAAUGGCACGGCGAACAAAAAGGAUCCAAGGCCUCACCAUCACCACCGCCGAGGGACGCGUGACCAGGUUCGAGUACAGGGACCUCCAGGCCCUGACCAAGAACUUUUCGGACAAGCUCGGCGGCGGCUCCUUCGGCUCCGUGUUCCGCGGCCAGCUCCCCAACGGCGGCGCCGCCGUCGCUGUCAAGAAGCUGGAGGGUCUCCGGCAAGGCGAGAAGCAGUUCCGCGCGGAGGUGAGCACGCUGGGCACCAUCCAGCACGUCAACCUGAUCCGCCUGCUGGGCUUCUGCUCCGAGGGCGGCGACCGGAGGCUGCUCGUCUACGAGUACAUGCCCAACGGCUCGCUGGACCGGCAACUGUUCGGCGCCACGCCCCCCACGCUCAGCUGGCGCGCGCGGCACCACAUCGCCGUCGGCGUCGCGAAGGGGCUCGCCUACCUGCACGACGAGUGCCGGGACCGCAUCAUCCACUGCGACGUCAAGCCGGAGAACAUCCUCCUGGACGCGGGCUUCGCGCCCAAGGUGGCGGACUUCGGGCUCGCCAAGCUCGUCGGCAGAGACUUCAGCCGGGUGCUGACCACCAUGCGCGGCACCGUCGGGUACCUCGCGCCGGAGUGGAUCGGCGGCGAGGCGAUCACCGCCAAGGCCGACGUGUUCAGCUACGGCAUGACGCUGUUCGAGAUCGUGUCCGGGAGGAGGAACGUCGAGCACGGGAAGUCUGAGCCGGACUCGUCGUCGAGCGGCGCGGGCGAUCAUGCGGCGACGGCAACGGCGACGACGUUCUUCCCGCUGCUGGCCGCGAGGAGGCUGGUGGAGGCGGAGGGGGACGUGAAGGCGCUGCUGGACCCGGAGCUGGGAGGGGACGCGAACGCCGAGGAGGUGAGGAGGGUGUGCAAGGUUGCCUGCUGGUGCAUCCAGGACGACGUCGACGCGCGGCCGACGAUGGCGGAGGUGGUGAAGGCGCUGGAGGGGCUCACUGACUUGGAGAUGCCGCCGGUGCCGAGGUACCUUGAAGUGCUUGCCGGACGGCCGAUGCACCAGAUACAACAGACUACAAGUUCGCGAGUAUUUGAUUCGGCAGAUGUAAUACGGGUUUAGCCGUUUAGGCAACCCAAUGCUUAUAGUUUAGUUGCUAGUUUAUUUUAUGCUGUGCAAUUCCAAUUAUUAUGUGUUUGAUUCGGGAAUUAUGUGGGAUGGAUCGAUUGUGUCCCAAAUUUUUUUAAGGAUGUGUUGGUGGACACGGGUUGUCCUUUAUUUGCCGGGAAUAGCAUAAAAGACUACUCCUUCCCUAUAUUGUAGAUCGGUAUCCUAAAUUUAUAAUUUUUUACUGUA